UUUCCAUUCGCCUCUGGACCCACCAGGAGAGCAGAGGCAGGGCUUUGAGGAAGGUCAGCGGAGGCCACGGUCUGCCGCAACCUGGGCGUUCCCCGCGUUCCCGGGCGCGCUCUCUCUGUUCGCCCUCAUUCCCGAGGCUCGCUCCGGUAGCCGGCACCUCCUGCUCAGUCCCGAGGAAGCCAUGGCCAAGUCCAGGGGUCGUCUACACCUCUGGGUGUGCUUGGCUGCAGCGCUGGCAUCUUUCCUGGGUGGAUUUAUGGUGGGCUGGCUUAGUAAGCCUCUCAAAGAAACAGCCACUUCAGGGGACACUCACCAAAAUCUAAGGUGGAAACUGGUGUCUGAGAUGAAAGCUGAAAAUAUUAAAUCAUUUCUUCGUUCUUUUACAGAGCUACCUCAUCUGGCAGGAACAGAACAAAAUUUGCUGCUGGCCAAGAAAAUCCAAACCCAGUGGAAGAAAUCUGGACUUGAUUCAGCCAAGUUGGUUCAUUAUGAUGUUCUCCUGUCUUACCCUAAUGAGACAAAUGCCAACUACAUAUCAAUCACGGAUGAACAUGGAAAUGAGAUUUUCAAUACAUCAUACCACGAGCCACCACCAGAUGGAUAUGAGGAUGUUAAAAAUAUUGUACCACCCUAUAAUGCCUUUUCACCGCAGGGCACACCAGAGGGGGAGCUUGUAUAUGUGAACUACGCUCGUACUGAAGACUUUUUCAAACUAGAAAGAGAGAUGAAUAUCAACUGCACUGGAAAAAUUGUUAUUGCAAGAUAUGGGAAAAUCUUCAGAGGAAAUAAAGUUAAAAAUGCCAUGUUAGCAAGAGCCAAAGGAAUCAUCUUGUACUCAGAUCCAGCUGACUACUCUGCCCCUGGGGUACAGCCAUACCCAAAAGGAUGGAACCUUCCUGGAACUGCAGCCCAGAGAGGGAAUGUGUUAAAUUUGAAUGGUGCUGGUGACCCGCUCACUCCAGGCUAUCCAGCUAAAGAGUACACUUUCAGACUUGAUGUUGAAGAAGGAGUGGGAAUCCCUCAAAUCCCUGUACAUCCCAUUGGAUAUAAUGAUGCAGAAAUAUUAUUACGCUAUUUGGGAGGAACUGCUCCACCAGAUGAGAGCUGGAAGGGAAGUCUUAAGGUGAAUUAUAAUAUCGGGCCUGGCUUCAUAGGACAUGAUUCUUUCAGGAAGGUUAGAAUGCGUGUUCAUAACAUCAAUAAAAUCACAAGGAUUUACAAUGUAAUCGGAACUAUCAGAGGAUCUGUGGAACCUGACAGGUAUGUUAUUCUGGGAGGUCAUCGGGACUCCUGGGUAUUUGGAGGUAUUGACCCAACCAGUGGGGCUUCUGUUUUGCAAGAAGUUGUUCAGAGUUUUGGCAAACUGAUGAGUAGAGGCUGGAGACCAAGAAGAACUAUCAUUUUUGCCAGCUGGGAUGCAGAAGAAUUUGGACUUCUGGGUUCCACAGAAUGGGCUGAGGAGAAUGUAAAAUCACUUCAGGAGAGAAGCGUUGCUUAUAUCAACUCAGAUUCAUCUAUAGAAGGCAAUUAUACUCUCAGAGUUGACUGUACACCCCUUCUUUACCAAUUGGUGUAUAAACUGACAAAAGAGAUCUCCAGCCCGGAUGAUGGUUUUGAGAGUAAAUCUCUUUAUGAAAGCUGGUUAGAAAAGGACCCUUCAUCUGAAAAUAAAACUUUGCCUAGAAUCAACAAGCUGGGAUCUGGAAGUGAUUUUGAAGCUUAUUUUCAGAGACUUGGAAUUGCUUCAGGAAGAGUCCGGUACACUAAGAAUAGGAAAACAGAUAAUUACAGCAGCUAUCCAAUGUACCAUACAAUUUAUGAGACAUUUGAAUUGGUAGAGAAUUUUUAUGACCCCACAUUUAAAAAACAGCUUGCUGUAGCUCAGUUACGAGGAGCACUGGUUUAUGAGCUUGCAGACUCUAAAAUCAUUCCUUUCAACAUUCAAGACUAUGCAAAAUCUUUGGAAAACUAUGCAACAGGUAUCUACAGCUUAUCCAAGAAAUAUGACCAACAAUUAAGAGACCAUCAAGUAUCAUUUGAUUCCUUAUUUUCUGCUGUGAAAAACUUCUCAAAGUCUGCUUCCGAUUUUCAUAGAAGACUUUCACAAGUUGAUCUGAAUAACCCCACUGCAGUGAGAAUUAUGAAUGACCAACUGAUGUUCCUGGAAAGGGCAUUCAUCGAUCCCCUUGGUUUACCAGGGAGGCCAUUCUAUAGGCAUAUCAUCUUUGCUCCAAGCAGCCACAACAAAUAUGCUGGUGAAUCAUUUCCUGGCAUCUUUGAUUCUAUAUUUGAUAUUGAAAAUAAAGCAGAUCCUCGUUCAGCCUGGAAAGAAGUAAAGAAACACAUUUCAAUUGCAGCCUUUACAAUUCAAGCAGCAGCAGGGACUCUGAAAGAGUUGUUAUAGUAAGGUCUCAGCCAACUAGCUGCCAUUAAAAGUCUGAGGAUAAAAUCCGUCUUUCUUUCUGAUAACACAUGAAGCCAGAGCAUGCUAAAAUCUUGCUUUUCAUGUCAUAUUUUGACUUUAGACUUCCACCUUGUUCAUCUGCAAAGAGAUUUUUGGCCCUUUGAAAAUUCAUAACUUCAUCAUCAAAGUACUAAUCCAAUAAAACAAACCAAAAAACCUCUAGUCAUAUGGAGAAAGAGAUAAAGUAAGUGAAAGUUCCCUAAAAUAAAAUAUGGCAAGGAACUUGAACUCUUCAGACAUUGGUGGCCAGAAAGUGAAACAGUACAACCACUUCGGAAAACAGUCUGGCACCUUCUUAUAAAGUUAAAUAUAUACUUAUAUUAUAGCUCUAAAAUUCUACUUCUAGGUAUUUACUAAGGAAGAGCAAAAACAUGAUCACCAAAAGACUGUUGCAUGUUCAUCGCAGCUUAAUGUGCAAAUAAUGCCAAUGCCCAUCAAUAAAUGAAUGGAUACAUUGUGGUAUAUUCACAAUGGAAUACUACUCAGCAAUAAAAACGAAAUAACUGCCGAUACAUGUAAUAUUAUUGGCAGACAUUAUUGAGGGAAAGAAGCCAGACACAAAAGAAUGCCUAGUAUGAGAUUCAAUUUAUAUGAAGAAGCAAAACUAAUCUAUGGUAUUAGGAAUUACAUCAGUGAUUGCUUGGGUCAAGUAAGGGGCAGGCAGGGAGGAAAUCUGCUACAAAGAGCAAAGUUUCUGGGAUGAUGGGAGUCUUCUGUAUCAUGAUCUGGAUGAUGGUUACACAGGAAUAUACAGUUGUCAAACUUCAUCAAACAGUAAACUUAAAAUGUGUAACAAUGAUACCUUAUAAAUAAAUUUGAUUACCAAGAAAAAAAAUGUCUGGCAAGGAUACUGGAAUAGCACACCUUCUCUUGUGAAACCAUCAUGGAGUACAAAUGCACAGCUUGGGGGAUCUUAGUUCCCUCGACCAGGACCAGAGGUUGAACCCAGGCCAUGGCAGUGAAACCACUGAGUCCUAACCACUGGACCGUGAGAAUUCCCUGUUGCUGACUUUUAAAAUCAAAUUUAAAUAAGCCAUAAAUUUCUAUUAUAAUGCAAUAAUUUGAUCAUUUAAAAAAUCUAAACAUGUUGCUUAUAUUGAGUAAUAUAAAAGUAAACUAAUAAAAAGCAUAUGAAAUGUAAUAUAGGCAUAUACAUUAAGAAAUUCUAAAAAUUGGAAAUUCUAAAAUUGGAAAGAAUGCCAAUAUUUGUGACAAAGAUACUGCAACAUUUUAUCAUAGUAAAAAAGUAAACUAAAUAUUCAUCAAUGGGAAACUGCUUAACUUAUGGUAUAAUAGUCAUAAAGCUGAUAAACUGAUAAACAUUUUUCAUUUUUGGUAAGUUGUCUGUGAGUUAUUGUUGAGUUGGAAAAAAAAUAUGUUGAUAAAACUGAAUGUACAGAUAUCACACAAGUAUCAGCAGUACUUAUUACACUGGGGUGGUGGACUUUUAAUCUUUGUACUUUUCUGUAUUGCUUUAAUUUCUUACAUUGGAAUAUAUUCCUCUUAUAAUAAAAACUACAGUAAGGCUGUUUUAACUUUGAAGAGAAAAAAAGUUCUGGGAUGCAAUAAAGUUCAAAAAUAGAAACCUCUUUUUCUAUCUUUGUAAUUUACUAGUUUUUCUGUUCUGAGGAUACAAACAACACUUAUUUACAGAUGCAUACAUGGGCUAUUUUAAUAUUUUUCAUAUUAGCUCAGAAUUUCAAAACUAUCAAUUGACCUUCCAACUUUCAAGUUUAUAUAUGGAGAUGAGAUACAAGAAAAUAAUUCUCCUCCAAUCCUGACUUCUGAAGUACAGAAAUGAGUUUAGUAAAACAGUAACGUGAGAAAUAACUACCACACUGUAAUGGAUUUUAGUCUUUGUAUUGUCAUUGCUUUUUAACUUUAGUCAUUUGCUCUUUGUUUCCUCUCUUUUUAGUAAGUCUGUGUUCAUCCACUUCUUUCAAUCCCAAGUGUGAUUAUUCUGAAUUCACGCCAACAAUAUCUUUCACUUAAAUGAUGUAAAAACUUCCUUUCAAAUCACCCAACUUCCUUUCCCCUGUUGUAUCACAAUCAUAGUAACUUCAGCCAGAAUGAUCUUCCUAAAUGUGAUCAUGCUACACUCUAUUUACAUAUUUUCAAUAGGGACUUCCACACUCCCAGGAAUGAUAUAGUAGGUACUGGCAGGCAAUCACUCCAGUUCCAGCUACUAAAAAAAAAAAAUGUAUUAAAGGCACAAUAUUUUU